GUGUACCUUUAACCCAUUCUUCAAAUUGUCUUAAGUGUACGUUUUUCUAUUUUAUAAGCAAAUAGAAAAUAUGCCAAAAACUUUUUUUUUUUUUUUUGGAAAAACAAUUGUAUUAUUGGAGGAGCAGGAAAAUAAAGCACUGUUUUAAUUAAAUGUUUCUUCAGUUUUUAAAGACAAAUGUAAAAUAUAUAUAUAACUAUCCAGACACGUUUGUUAUUACAUAUUUGCCUGGUUGAUCACUUCAUUCUGAAACUUGAAAGGCACUCUUAAACCUCCACCAAUACAUCUACUCAUGAUAAUAGCAUACUCAGAUUGAACAUAUUUGAAAUUAAAUAUCAUUACAGUUUCAGAAAAUGAUUUUCCCUUGAAAAGUUUACCAAGAUUUUUUCAUGACAAUUCCUGUAUGGAAAUAACACUUAAAGUUACUUAAAUGUGGAAGAUUUUGCCUCAUUGCAACAUAAGGGACCUGUUUGUUUUGCAAUCUGCUAUGGUUUUGCCUCAAAGCAUGAUCACAGGGAACUAGGCAGUAAUUCCUCUUUUAGACACCAGAAAGCUCAUUUGUAGAAAUCUGGUAUUUUUCAUUUGGAGAAAAAGCUAACAAUGGACUUCACCACCACUACAUAAACUUGCAGUUGGAUAUACCUCCUGAGCUAGCAUUCAUAUCAAUAAUAAACUAUUUAUCAUCUUUAUUACUCUGUUUAUUUUACCCAUUUUCUAUUGCUACUGUGGCCAAAUGGUCCUGUUGUAGCCAAAGGCCUGAUAAGAAAUGCUUGGAGAGGGCUUCAUACUCAUGUUACACUACAGAGAGGAGGGUCUUUUUGAGUCCAAAACUUUUACACCCAUGAAAGGCACACAGUCAUCUCUUAAGACAGGAUCAGACAUCAGGCCUGUGCAGAAAGCUCCUCACCACAGAUCUGGUCUCUACAUCUCAAAUCAUGAAGAAAAGCCCUAUAUAAGCCUGAGUCAACCUGAUGAGUCUGACACUAAAUUGAACAAUCAGUCCUUAGACUUGCAACUGAGUAGCAUUGCAGAGAGCAAACAGGUUCAUCCUCUGUCUACAAAACCACAGCAAUGGUACAUCUCACAGCUGUUUAACUUCAAACCUGCAUCAGCUCCCCUCAAGCAGGAUGACAUCCAUGAUGAUGGAUACCUUGUCAUGGACAGCAGCAUUAUGUGUAAUGGGGAGCCACCAACUAACUCCAUGCUGAACGGUUACCUGGACAGGAAGUUCCAAGAAGUUUAUAGCCAGUACUUGCAGGAGAGGCUGGCAUGUACUGGAUGUUCUCCAUCCUGCAGCCUACUGCUACCCUUUCACCAGACCAGCCUUAUUCCUCGCAGCCAAUCACUAAACAUAGACUCAAGUUUGGAACCAGAUACUAGAGGUGGUCAUGGAGCUGUCAGUCGACAGGCCAGCUCCACCUUUAGCUCCCCAGUACUGCACAUUUCCAAUGCAGAAGCGCCCAUAAGGCCUAGGCAUUCUGAAUAUUUGUGAGUGGGGUAGUAACAUCUCGAGGCAGUUGCAUAAACCAACUAUUAAAAUAAAUAAAAAAAAUUUUGUAAUGUAAUUUAAUUCAUAUAUUUCCAGAAUGUGUUUUUUAUUAAAACUGUUAUUUAUUGUUACAGUGUAAUAAUAGUAUUUGCAUAAUUAAUAUUUGCAAGAGUAAUAGAUAAGGAAACAUUUAUUCUUUUAGUAAUCUAUCAUUACAUUAGUAUAUCAAUGAGACAGGUCUCUAGGCAUUAAUACUGAUGAGCAGAUCACCAAAUCUUUA